CUCUACCAUCUUCGCGAAGCCAGGGUGGGAAGGAGGGAGAAAAUAAUGCUCUGAGUCAAUGACCUCAUCGUUGGGAGCACUAUCGAGAAACAUCAGAUUUUACAGAUUUAAUAAGUGUCUAAAUCCUAUCUACUACCGGCUUGUGGAUUCUAAAGUUCGCGUUCGUAUCUUCAAACUGCCCCCCCCACAGCUUCCCGGAUGAUAGAAGUUGCCGAAGGCCGCUGAUUCCAGAAGGUACUGUCUGGCGUUAAACUAGUCUCAGGUGAGAAAUAAGUCUCGGGAGGCCUGUGCUGCGCACGCGCGAGCUCUUGGCGUCCUCCCGCGAGAGGAAAGUACUCUCUCGGUUCCGGAGUGGUCACCGCCGGUUGCGGGAGAGAACUCCUGCUGCUGCCGCACCAUGGCGUCCGUGGGGACCCUCGCCUUCGACGAAUAUGGCCGCCCUUUUCUCAUCAUCAAAGAUCAAGACCGCAAGUCUCGUCUUAUGGGACUCGAGGCCCUCAAGUCUCACAUAAUGGCAGCAAAGGCUGUAGCGAAUACAAUGAAAACAUCACUUGGACCAAAUGGGCUGGAUAAGAUGAUGGUGGAUAAGGAUGGCGACGUGACUGUGACCAAUGACGGUGCCACCAUUUUAAGCAUGAUGGACGUGGACCAUCAGAUCGCCAAGCUCAUGGUUGAACUGUCCAAAUCACAGGAUGACGAGAUUGGGGAUGGAACCACAGGAGUGGUUGUCCUGGCCGGUGCCCUGUUGGAAGAAGCUGAGCAGCUGCUGGACCGAGGCAUUCACCCGAUCCGGAUUGCAGACGGCUACGAGCAGGCUGCCCGCAUCGCCAUCGAGCACCUGGACAAGAUCAGCGACAGUGUCCUUGUGGACAUGAAGGACACCGAGCCCCUGAUCCAGACCGCCAAGACCACCCUGGGCUCCAAAGUGGUUAACAGCUGUCACCGACAAAUGGCCGAGAUUGCCGUGAAUGCCGUCCUCACCGUGGCUGACAUGCAGCGCAGAGACGUUGACUUUGAGCUCAUCAAGGUAGAAGGCAAGGUGGGCGGGAGGCUGGAGGACACCAAGCUGAUCAAGGGCGUGAUCGUCGACAAGGACUUCAGCCACCCGCAGAUGCCAAAACAAGUGGAAGAUGCAAAGAUUGCAAUUCUCACGUGUCCAUUUGAGCCGCCGAAACCAAAGACAAAGCAUAAGCUGGAUGUGACCUCUGUAGAAGAUUACAAAGCCCUUCAGAAGUACGAAAAGGAGAAGUUUGAGGAGAUGAUUCGGCAGAUUAAGGAAACUGGCGCUAACCUAGCUAUCUGCCAGUGGGGAUUUGACGAUGAAGCAAAUCAUUUACUUCUUCAGAAUAACUUGCCUGCGGUUCGCUGGGUUGGAGGCCCUGAAAUCGAGUUGAUCGCCAUCGCCACCGGGGGGCGCAUCGUGCCGCGGUUCUCGGAGCUCACACCGGAGAAGCUGGGCUUCGCGGGGCUGGUGAAGGAGAUCUCGUUCGGGACGACCAAGGACAAGAUGCUGGUCAUCGAGCAGUGUAAGAACUCCAGAGCCGUCACCAUCUUCAUCAGAGGAGGAAAUAAGAUGAUCAUCGAGGAGGCCAAACGAUCCCUUCACGACGCUCUGUGUGUCAUCCGGAACCUCAUCCGCGACAACCGCGUGGUCUACGGCGGCGGCGCUGCUGAGAUAGCCUGCGCCCUGGCGGUCAGCCAGGAGGCAGACAAGUGCCCGACCUUGGAGCAGUACGCCAUGCGGGCCUUCGCCGACGCGCUGGAGGUCAUCCCCAUGGCCCUGGCCGAGAACAGCGGCAUGAACCCCAUCCAGACGAUGACCGAGGUCCGGGCCAGACAAGUGAAGGAGAUGAACCCAGCCCUCGGGAUUGACUGUCUGCACAAGGGCACGAAUGAUAUGAAGCAACAACACGUCAUAGAAACCUUGAUUGGCAAAAAGCAGCAGCUGUCCCUCGCAACGCAGAUGGUGAGAAUGAUUCUGAAGAUCGACGACGUCCGUAAGCCUGGAGAAUCCGAGGAGUAGAGCAAAUUCAGAGUCCCACGUAGGCCUGAGAUGCACUACUGUGAUUAAAGAAAUGGCUGUUAUUUAUUGUCACGUCCUUUUUCAGACAGUGUAGGAGCUAUACAGCAGCUGUUUGGUAACCAUGGUUUCACUUGUUUGGACAUAAAAUUGUAGAGAUGCGGUCUCAGCAGGUUUUUGUAUCCAUUAUAUUAAAGCUAACUCUUGAAACAA